AUGUCCGACGCCGAUAUUGAAGCCGUUCGGCGCCUCCAGGCGGAGCGCAAUGCUGCUGCCUCUGGCAAGAAAGGUUCUAGGACCUUUGAUCCAUCCGGUCAACGCACUGACAAUUCGACCAAGGCCUCUCUUACCGACUCCUUUGAUACCACUUUGUACGAACGGGAAGGGGCGGACAGGUUCAGCGGCUAUGAUACCUCCAUCGCUGUAAAUGGCGACGAUGAAGAAAUGGAAGAUGCGAACGGCGGCCACAGCUUGGUUGGUCAGUAUACCGCAACCCGAAGUCAAAUCGAUGAGAUGGCACAGGGAAAUGGCGUCGAGGAGGAGGACAUCCUCCUGGGUCGCGAGAAGGCCGCGCGCAUCGCUGAUCGUGAGACCGAUUAUCAGAAGCGACGAUUUGAACGCGGUGGUCUGACUCCGACGCGCGCCGACCCCUUUGCUGCCAACGCCGAUGCCGACGCGGCUUCAAAUGGCCAGACCUACCGAGAGGUCAUGGCUCUGCGCGAAAUUCAGAAAGAAGAAGAACGCGUCCAGAAGCUGAUCGCUGAGAAACGCGAGCGGGGCGAGGAUGUCUCUGACCACCAGGCUACUCUGAAGAUGGAGGAAACCGCCAAGGAAGACGGCCAGGCCGACUCGACCGCUGAUGAUUCCGCCGGCAGAAAACGUAAAAAGCGCUGGGACGUUUCUUCUGAAGCUGCUCCUGGAGCAGAAAGCGAGCAGGUCGAGGCGAAGACCAAGAGGUCCCGAUGGGACGAGACACCUGCCCCAGGAGAUGAGGGCACCAAGCGCCGCUCGAGAUGGGACCAAGCACCGUCACUCACAUCAGCAACCCCUGUCGGCCAUGAUGGGCUUGCCACUCCUAUGCACCCAUCACAAGGUGGUGCGGCUAUGGUCCCCACAAGCUUUGGAACCGACUUGAGUGGCCGGAAUGCCCCCUGGUCCGAUGAAGAACUCGACAUGAUGCUGCCUACCGAGGGCUACAAGAUUCUUGAUCCUCCUCCGGGCUAUGCUCCAAUUCGGAACCCCGCCAGAAAGAUGAUGGCUACACCGGUGCCUAUGACUGGUGCGGGUCAAGUUGGAGGCUUCAUGAUGCAAGAGCCUGAGAGCAUCCGCUCAAUGGGCAAAGAGCUUCCGACCGAUAUUCCUGGUGUUGGCGAGCUGCAAUUCUUCAAGCCAGAGGAUAUGGCCUACUUCGGAAAGCUUAUGGAAGCUGGUGAGGAGAGUUCAAUGACUGUUGAGGAGAUGAAGGAGCGCAAGAUCAUGCGAUUGCUGCUCAAGGUCAAGAACGGUACACCACCUAUGCGAAAGACAGCUUUGCGACAGCUCACCGACAAUGCGCGGAACUUUGGAGCUGGUCCUCUUUUCAACCAAAUUCUUCCUUUGCUCAUGGAGAAGUCUUUGGAGGAUCAAGAGCGUCACUUGUUAGUCAAGGUCAUUGAUCGAGUGCUCUACAAGUUGGACGACUUGGUCCGUCCGUAUGUCCAUAAAAUUUUGGUCGUCAUUGAGCCACUGCUUAUCGACCAAGACUAUUAUGCCCGCGUCGAAGGUCGGGAAAUUAUCUCCAACCUUUCCAAGGCUGCUGGUCUCGCCACUAUGAUCAGUACCAUGCGACCUGAUAUCGAUCAUGUCGACGAAUACGUACGAAACACUACCGCCCGAGCUUUCGCUGUUGUCGCUUCUGCCCUUGGCAUUCCAGCUCUUCUUCCCUUCCUUCGUGCUGUGUGUCGCAGCAAGAAGUCAUGGCAGGCUCGACACACCGGUGUCAAGAUUGUUCAGCAAAUUCCUAUCCUGAUGGGUUGUGCCAUUCUUCCGCAUCUCAAGGGCCUUGUUGAUUGCAUUUCGGACAAUCUCAGCGAUGAGCAGGCUAAGGUUAGAACCGUCACCGCUUUGGCUGUGGCCGCUUUGGCCGAAGCCGCCAACCCUUACGGUAUCGAAAGCUUCGAUGAGAUCCUCAAUCCUCUGUGGACUGGCGCCCGCAAGCAGCGUGGCAAAGGUCUUGCCGCGUUCUUGAAGGCUGUCGGCUACAUCAUUCCUCUCAUGGAUGAGGAAUAUGCCAAUUACUACACCAGCCAGAUCAUGGAGAUCCUUCUCCGCGAAUUCUCAUCUCCCGAUGAGGAGAUGAAGAAGGUGGUUCUAAAGGUCGUAUCACAGUGCUCUAGCACAGAUGGUGUUACCGCCGGUUACCUCAAGGAGCACGUUUUGACAGACUUCUUUAAGAGUUUCUGGGUUAGGCGUAUGGCUCUCGAUCGACGAAACUACCGACAAGUGGUGGACACAACUGUCGAUCUAGGCCAAAAGGUCGGAGUUGGCGAGAUUCUUGAGCGGGUUGUGAACAACUUGAAAGACGAGAGUGAACCUUACCGCAAGAUGACUGUUGAGACUGUCGAGAAAUUGAUCGCUUCUUUGGGAGCGGCAGAUAUCUCUGAGCGGCUAGAGGAGAGACUUAUUGACGGUGUUCUCUACGCAUUCCAAGAGCAAAGUAUUGAAGACAUCAUUAUUCUGAACGGCUUCGGCACUGUCGUCAAUGCUUUGAGCACGCGCUGCAAGCCAUACCUUCCACAGAUUGUCAGUACAAUCCUUUGGCGGUUGAACAACAAGUCUGCGACGGUUAGACAACAGGCUGCAGAUCUUAUUUCACGUAUUGCGAUGGUGAUGAAGCAGUGCGGUGAAGACGCCCUCAUGGGCAAGCUUGGUAUCGUGCUCUACGAAUACUUGGGUGAAGAGUACCCCGAGGUGCUGGGUUCAAUCUUAGGUGCUCUGCGAUCCAUCGUCACCGUGGUCGGUAUCAACCAGAUGCAGCCCCCUAUCCGUGACCUCUUGCCUCGGCUUACUCCCAUUCUGCGAAACCGUCACGAGAAGGUGCAGGAAAAUACCAUUGACCUGGUCGGUCGUAUUGCCGACCGUGGUCCCGAAUCCGUCAACGCUCGUGAAUGGAUGCGUAUCUGCUUCGAGUUACUCGAUAUGCUGAAGGCCCACAAGAAGGGUAUUCGACGAGCCGCCAACAACACUUUCGGCUUCAUCGCCAAGGCAAUCGGUCCCCAAGAUGUCCUAGCUACCCUUCUCAACAACCUCCGUGUGCAGGAGCGUCAGUCUCGUGUUUGCACAGCCGUUGCGAUCGGUAUCGUCGCCGAGACUUGCGCUCCCUUCACCGUUCUUCCGGCUUUGAUGAACGAAUAUCGUGUGCCCGAGCUUAACGUGCAAAACGGUGUCCUCAAGGCCAUGUCCUUCUUGUUCGAAUACAUCGGCGAGAUGGCCAAGGACUACGUCUACGCCGUCACCCCUCUGCUCGAGGAUGCGCUCAUCGAUCGCGACCAAGUCCACCGACAGACCGCUGCCAGUGUCGUCAAGCACAUUGCGCUUGGCGUCGUCGGUCUCGGCUGCGAAGACGCCAUGCUCCAUCUCCUCAACCUCAUCUUCCCCAAUAUCUUCGAAACUAGCCCCCACGUCAUCGACCGGAUCAUUGAAGCCAUCGACGCAAUCCGCAUGUCCGUUGGUACCGGUGUCGUCAUGAACUACGUAUGGGCGGGCUUAUUCCACCCCGCUCGCAAGGUGCGGACGCCUUAUUGGCGCCUAUACAACGAUGCCUACGUGCAAGGAGCCGAUGCGAUGGUCCCAUACUACCCAAGCCUGGAGGAGGAUGGCCUGGACCGUCCGGAGUUGUCUAUUAUCGUCUAA